CCCGCCCGCUCCGCUCCUCCCAGCUGCACAUCUGCGGGGUGCGAGCGGCUGCACCUCCUCAAAAACACGUCGUCUUCCUUGUGGAGGCUGCAGGCUCAGGUAUCACCGCGGACGGAGCGUCGUCGUCGCAUUGCUGGGGUCAGCGCCAUGGGGAAAAUCGAGUGGGCCAUGUGGGCCAACGAGCAGGCUCUGGCUGCAGGCCUCAUUCUUCUCACCGGAGGAAUCGUGGGAGUGGCGGGCCAGUUUAGAGGAUGGGAGUUUGCUUCUUAUGCUAUUGCUGCUGGGUUCUUUGUGUGCAUGCUGGAGUAUCCCAGAAGUAAAAGGGCCAAGGGUACGAGUGUGGAAAGAACGGGCCAGUACUGCUUCACGGUGUGUGUAAAAGCCUUCGGACCAGUAACGAGAAACUAUUAUGUCAGAGCAUUUCUGCAUGCAGCGCUUUGUGUACCUGGAGGUUUCAUGCUUGCCACAGUCUUAGGAUGUGUCUGUCUUGGCAUUGCCAGUCUCAUCUAUCUUGCAGCAGCUGUCCGGGGUGAACACUGGGAGCCAAUUCUUCCUCGCAAAGAUACACGGAAACCCGUUGCUGAGAGCAUCAAAAGUCCUCCUCAGAACCCGCCACCACGACCUCCUCCAGAGAUACGGCGGAAGCAAGCCAAGGAUGUGGAGGGAGCUGCCUAUGACAAUCCCAUAGCUGUUACAGAUGAAUAAAACGGAACCAUCUCACUGUGAUGGUGGAGGAAUGGUUCGCUCCAGUUAGUGACCGUGGAGAAAUACAACAAGCUGAGCUCAGUGGACAAAGUAGAGGGGGAAAAAAAUAUGAAGAAACGAUCAAAAAUAUGCCAUGUAAGGUUGAUGCUGUAGCUGCUAGUUGGAGGGUGUAAAUAUAUAGUCAGUUUUAAGUACUGUAAGUGUGUCAGUGUUUACUGUCUGGAAAAAUAUUCAAAAGGUCCAAGUCAAUAUCUGUUAACAGCUGCCCUAUAUUUAAGGUUGUACCCUUUUAUAAAAGUGAUAAUCUAGAAAAUGAUGUAUUUACAUAUUUCUGUAACUCUUAAAAGUAGCUUGUGAUGAAAGAAUGAAAAGAUGCAGUUUUACAGGAUGGAUGUGUGUUUUAGCUGCAUCAUGCUGAUAUAAGUAAUUUCUCAUACUCCUGAAGUGAUUUUGAUAAAUCUCUUGCUUUCUUUUAA